AUGUCUGGGAGGAAUCGACCAUCUGCUGCAUGCGUCGAGGACGCUGACGACGCCGGAACUGUUUUUGAAGGCACCGCACGCUACGCUACAUCUUGUGCCCCAGGCAGUCCCAUCAAGCAGCCAGCAAAUACCGGACGUGUCCGGAGAGAAAAGAGCAGGAAGAGCGAGACCUCGCCCAUCAACGCCCACACCGACUCGGACUCGACGCUCCCUCGAAGAGAGAGAGAUUCUACCAAGAAGCCCAGCACUCACAGGGAUAAGUCUGCUUCGGCCAGCAAAAAAGCACUCAUGACUUCAAGACCUGCUCUGAAGCCCACGAGGACGGCGCCGCCCGACGCCCGUUACUCACGCAAGUCUGUAGACGCACACGACGCGCAAUAUUUCGGCGUCAAUGAGCCAGCACCUGCCCCGGCGCCUGCUGCUACUCGUCCCCGCUCCAAGACCACGAGACCGACCAGUGCCUAUUAUGGCAGCUCACCUUCGAGACCACCUUUAACCCACCAGAACAGAUAUUACAGCCAGACGCCAGGCCCGCAGAUGAACUCAGGCUUUGCGCCACCACCUCUUCCGAACCCACCUCAAUGGAGCGGUCCUCCCCCUCCCGGCCCCCCCCCACCACCGGCACCCAUGUCAGCGCCCAUGCAGAUUCCUUAUCCUCAACCAGGGUCAUCUCCUGUGGUCAUGAACGGACCAGGACCAGAGUACUUUUCGCGGCCACUUGAGUCUCGCUUCGGCAGCUACACCCGGCCACAGUCAGCGAUGGGCUAUCGCCCUCAGCAGCCACCUGCCAUUGAAUAUGGUAACGAGUGGGAAGAGCCACAGGCGCCUCCCAGCAAACAAUUAGCUCGGCGUCCAUCCACCAACAGGAGGAUGUCCAAGGUUGAGACGGACGAUAAGCGCAUGAUGCCGCCACCUCCUCGCAGACCCCAGUCUGCCAGGCCGCUCCCAAGCAGUGGGUUCCAACCCCCUGCGCCCUCUACGCCAAUCUCGCGGCGAACCCUCUAUGAUGAUAUUGAACGAACCGAGGAUGACCUCUUUAACCUCUCCCCCAUGGGCCCUGCCGAUUACAACAACGCCGGCCACAGCACCAACCUAGCCUUCCGUCCCAAGCCACCUAGAAUGAGCAGCGGACUGGCGGACGAGGCGUACGGCGACUACGACUACAACCCAAUGCCAGUGGAGCCUUACGGGAAACAUUUGCGACGGAGCUCAUACUUUGGCGAAUCGGCGGCUUCCAGCAGCGCAUACGAGGAUCAAGCCCGAAACGGAGGAAGCAGCAGAAGCUCAGGCAGCCGCGACGAGAGCGAUUACCGACAGUCAUACACGACGAGGACCACGCACACUAGUGCUCACGACGAAGACUUCACCAUCAGGGUAAAGGGUAAUACGACGCUCAAAAUUGGCGGUGCCGAAAUGGAAUGCCAUGAUGGCGCCGAGAUCAACAUCACUAAGAACGGUGCUACGCUAGGCUACCGAGGCGGUGGUAGCGACGCGAGCUAUGGCGACCACGAUGACCGCCACACCCGGGUUGACCUCGAUGACCGCCGAACCCGAGUCGAUUUCCCUGUCCGGCCACGCACCCGCGGAGCCUCCCGCGCCAGGUCCAUUCCUCGUGCCCCGGCUUAUCCCGCCUACCCCGAUGCUGCCAGCCCCGAAUAUGAGUACGUCGGUGCUGACGACUACGCCCCCUCCAUCCCACCCUAUCCCCAAUACCCUACCUCGUACUCCUCCUCCCGACCUGACGACCACUACUUUGGUCGGUAAACGGCCUGUUGGAACGCCUGGAGCGGCCAACGGCCAACCAAAUGGCGACCCCGAGACGAUCCAAGAUGAUGAUGAUGAACCCCAACAAAAGGAUGAUGACGACGACGAUGAUGUUUCUGUUUAUGUGUGCAUAACUCUUGUUUCACUGGGGC